GCUCAGCUCGGAGCUGGGCCCACGGUGGAGGCUUGCGGGCGGGCUGGUGCUUACGUGGCUCCCUCUGACGGUCCCCCAGGCUCUUCACAACCGCCCCGGGAGGUCCGCUGAAGGGCGCCGAGGAUAGUUUCAUGGUUGGAACAUUGAAGCCAAGAGGCAGAUUUCAGCUCUUCAGCGCUGGCACAGACUUUUUCAUGAGGUGUUGAGCUCCUGUUACUGGAAGCAUUCGGGCAAAAGCUGGAUGACCACUAGCUGGAGAUGCUGGAGAAGGAAUCCUCCAAGCAUCAGAAGCCAUGUCGAGCCCGGAGCACCAGCAAUCCCCGGCCCUCAUCAGACCCGCCUUCAGUGAGCUCCAAGCCUCCGAGUUGGUGGAGUCGGUGUUUGGGUUAAAGGUGACCCAGAUCCAGCCUCUUCCCAGCUAUGUCGAUCAGAACUUCCUCGUGCAAGUUCCGAGGGCCUCCAAAGCAAGUGGUGAUCCCCUCAAGUAUGUUCUCAAAGUGAACAACACUGAAUCCAGCAAGAACUCUGACCUGGUUGAGGUGCAGAGUCACAUCGUGAUGUUUCUGAAGGCAGAAGGCUUUCCAACCGCCACUGUGCAUCCCACUAAAGGGGGCAGCCUGACCUCUCUGAUGUCCGUAGACAGCGGCUCUGAGACCAGAAGUUACUUAGUGAGGCUGUUCAGUUUCCUGCCAGGAAAACCCAUAGCCCAGGUUCCCGUCACUCCGAAGCUCCUAUAUGAAGUUGGCAAACUAGCGGCCCAGAUGGAUAGAAGUCUGGAGAAAUUCCACCAUCCAAAGAUAAGCAGCCUGCAUCGGGGGGACUUCAUCUGGAACCUGAGAAAUGUUCCUCUUCUAGAGAAAUAUACUUAUGCCUUGGGCCAAGGCAAAAAUCGAGAGAUGGUGGACUGGGUGCUCAAGCGCUUCAACGAUGAGAUUGUGCCAAAGUUAAGUUGUUUUCGAGAAUGCAUCAAUCAUGGGGACCUGAAUAGCUACAACAUCUUGGCGGAGACCAGCAGCAAGGCUUCUGGAGACCCAGCAUGUCACGUGUCUGGAGUCCUGGACUUUGAGGACAUGAGCCAAGGCUAUUACGUGUUUGAGUUAGCCAUCACCAUCAUGUACAUGAUGAUGGAGAGCAAGGAUCCCCUCGCCGCGGGCGGCCACGUGCUGGCCGGCUUCGAAAGCGUCAUCCCGCUGACAGCUGAAGAAAGGGGGGCCCUCUUUCUGCUGGUGAGCAGUCGAUUUUCUCAGUCGCUCGUGAUGUCUGCCUAUGCAAGCCAGCUCUACCCCGAGAACAAAGACUAUAUCAUGAUCACUGCCAGAACAGGCUGGAUGCACCUGCAGAACCUGCUCAGUAGGGGUCAGAAGGCCGUGGAGGACAUCUGGUUUGAGACUGCCAAGUCCUACACGGCAGGGACGUUCUAGAGCGUAUCAGAUGAGGUGGCCUAUGGUAAGCACUCGAAGGUGCUACACAAACACCACUUACUAGCUGUCACUAUCAGUGUUCACACCAAGGGCAGCUCACAUUUCUACUAUCUUAUGGUUUAUAAAUUAAGCUGAGAAUUGUUUGACUGAGCCUGACUUUUCAUGUAGUUUCAUGACACUAUGAGACAUAAGUUAAUUCAAAUGAUUAAUUUUUAUAUUAAUAAUAAUGCCACUGAACACAAGAUAUCUGUGGAAUAUCUGUGGAAACCUGCCAAAGGUUUGUACCACUGUUCAUGCCAUGUCUUCUCAGUAAAUAUCCCUUUAUAAAAACGAAUUCAUUUAAUUGGUUAAAUGACACUGGCCUUAAUCACUCCUGGUGAUUGUCACUGAGGAAAACACACCAGAGUGAUGGCAUUGGAGAAGUACCCCAACUCUUUAGGAGGACCCCCAGAAUCCAAAGGGGAGACACAAGUUUGCUUUGGGGUAUCUGACUCAGUGAGAGGGGGAUUGAGAUAAAGAGCCUCAGAGCUUUUGAGGGCUACACUUGUAAAACCAGCCAGUAGAUUGGAUCUGUUUUCUUAUGCAGACCUAGCUUCUGAGAGUCUCCACUUUCCUGACUCUGCUUCCUUGUCUGGCAGCUUCCUCGGGUCCUCCUCCCCUGGUGGGCGUUGGUCCAUGGACCUCUAGCUUUCCUCUCCAAUCCUGCCUUUCUUGGCGAUCUCAUCACCCUAAUACGGGCUCUAUUACUGCUUUUGUGCAGAUGACACUCGGGUCUCCAAUCCUAGCCUUUCUUCUAAGCUCCAGUCCCAGAAAAUCUGCUGAACAGCUUGUAGCAUCAUAGAUUAGAACUGGGAGGGGCCUUAAAGGCCACAGAGGGCUGAUGUCACCUGAACCUCAACAGAGUACAUCUUCCAACUGAAUAUGUCUCCAAGGGCUGUUAAUACAUGGCUCCUUUUAUUUCCAUGUCUAUGGUACAGAGGAGGGAAGGCCAGGCUUUGGCGUUAGAGGGCCUGGAUUGAAGUUCUUCCCCUGCUUCUUACUACCUGUGUGACCUUGGGCAAAUUGGUUCAUCUCUCGGUCUCGGUUUCUUCAUCUGUAAAAUGGCGGGGGGAGAGGUUAGACUAGAUGAUGCCCAAGGUCCUUUCCAGGAUCCUUUUGAGAACCUUUUCACCUCAUAUCUGGACUGCGGCAGUGGUUUUUAAUUGGUUUCCCCCCAAUCCAUCCCAACUAUGGAAGGCAUCAUCAUCUCCUUAAAAUACUACUUUGAUCAACAGUUGUCUUUCUCAAAAAUCUCCAUUGGCUCCCCAUUGCCCACAGAAUAAAAUCCUGUCAUUCCAAGUCCUUCACAACUGGAUCUCUGACUCUUGCUCAUGUUUCCCAUUUCUCCCUUCAAGAACCCUCCACUUAACCUUAUCAGCCUAUUUCUUCAAAAGAUACUUCAUUGAGGGAGAUGAGAAGAUACUUCAUCUUUAACCAUCACAGAGGUGGGGUGCCAGUGGUGGUAGCAAUAGUGUUCUCUGGGUGUGGAACAUUGCAUAUAACAUCAAAUUUUUUAAAUAUAUUAAUAAUAUUAUAAUAAUGCUAUUAAUUAAUUGCUGAAUUUUUCUUUUUAAAAAAUCUUUGUUAAUUCUUUGUUGUAAACUUCGAAGCACUAAAUAAA